CACUCAGGCAGGCAAGCAUCCAGGCUACUAAUGUUAGGAUUGGAGGUCAGAAGCUGCUCUAUAGGGAGAAUGCAAAGCCUUUUCAUGGACUAACCCAGGAGUCUGCAUUUCUCCCCCAUCCCAGUUUAUUUUUUUUCUUUUUCCCCCUGUAGAGGAGAUUUUGCUUUGGAUGGUUGCACCAGAGCUUAAGGCGUGGACCGUCAGGCUGCAGUAUGACAGGACAAACAGCAGGAGGCUGUGAGGAUUGCUGAAGAUGUCCGAUAGUGUGGAUACGGAAGAGAAACCACCAGCCCCUCCGCUAAGAAUGAACAGCAACAACCGCGAUUCUUCGGCACUCAACCACGGCACCAAACCGCUCCCCAUGGCUCCAGAAGAGAAGAACAAGAAAGCUCGCCUGCGCUCGAUCUUUCCGGGAGGGGAUAAAACAAACAAGAAGAAGGAAAAAGAACGCCCUGAAAUCUCUCUCCCUUCAGAUUUCGAACACACGAUCCAUGUGGGGUUUGACGCAGUCACGGGCGAAUUCACAGGGAUCCCUGAGCAGUGGGCCAGACUACUACAGACGUCGAAUAUAACAAAACUGGAGCAGAAGAAAAACCCACAAGCUGUUCUAGAUGUCCUCAAAUUCUAUGAUUCCAAAGAAACAGUAAACAACCAGAAAUAUAUGAGCUUUACUUCUGGAGAUAAGAGCGCCCACGGCUAUAUCGCAGCCCAUCCGUCUAGCACGAAAACAGCCUCCGAACCCCCGCUAGCCCCCCCAGUUUCGGAAGAGGAAGAUGAGGAGGAUGAAGAAGAGGAUGAUGACAACGAACCGCCCCCUGUAAUCGCCCCACGUCCGGAGCAUACAAAGUCUAUUUAUACACGUUCUGUCAUUGAGCCGGUUGCCACCCCUGCUCCUGCUAAAGAACCGACCACCCCCCAGCCGGAGAACUCCAGCACGAACACUUUAUACAGGAAUACAGACCGGCAACGGAAAAAAUCUAAGAUGACCGACGAGGAGAUCUUGGAGAAAUUAAGAAGCAUUGUCAGUGUCGGCGAUCCAAAGAAGAAAUAUACGCGGUUUGAAAAAAUCGGACAAGGGGCAUCCGGCACGGUGUAUACGGCAAUAGACAUUGCCACCGGUCAAGAGGUUGCGAUCAAACAAAUGAAUCUCCAGCAGCAACCCAAAAAGGAAUUAAUAAUCAAUGAAAUCCUGGUCAUGCGGGAAAAUAAGAACUCCAACAUUGUGAACUAUUUAGAUAGUUACCUUGUUGGUGAUGAGCUUUGGGUUGUGAUGGAAUACUUAGCUGGAGGUUCCCUGACUGAUGUUGUCACAGAAACAUGCAUGGAUGAAGGACAGAUUGCUGCUGUCUGUAGAGAGUGUCUGCAAGCGCUGGAUUUCUUGCAUUCGAACCAAGUCAUCCACCGAGACAUCAAGAGCGACAACAUCCUUCUCGGGAUGGACGGAUCGGUCAAACUUACUGACUUCGGCUUCUGUGCUCAGAUCACUCCCGAACAGAGUAAGCGAAGCACGAUGGUGGGCACCCCUUACUGGAUGGCCCCCGAAGUGGUCACGAGAAAAGCUUAUGGCCCCAAAGUGGACAUCUGGUCCUUAGGGAUCAUGGCGAUCGAAAUGGUGGAAGGAGAACCUCCGUAUCUUAAUGAAAAUCCUCUCAGGGCCUUAUAUUUGAUAGCUACAAAUGGGACACCAGAGCUUCAGAAUCCUGAGAGACUUUCUGUUGUUUUCCGAGACUUUUUGAACCGCUGCCUCGAGAUGGACGUGGACAGACGAGGGUCAGCAAAGGAGCUCUUGCAGCAUCCAUUUUUAAAACUGGCUAAGCCACUCUCGAGCCUGACUCCCUUGAUCAUCGCUGCAAAGGAGGCUAUAAAGAACAGCAGUCGUUAACCCCUUGAAGAGCACCCGCCCGGAUCUUCUUUGGCAGGACAGAACAGAGAACUUUGUAGGACUUCAGACGUUUUCUGCCACUGGACGGGCAUGGCACAAAAGCAUCACUGUCACAGUCUGGGGUGUGGGGGGAUGGAAGGACACUGCAGCCAUCGACCCCCCCUCCUCCUGAAGAGAAAAACCUAUCACGUGUCUUCUUUUACUCCCCCUCCAGACCCUUAAUUUAUUUCUAAGGCGUACAGGAGCGUCAUAGAUGGAGGCAGGGCCGAGAUGCCUCUUGGCUCUUUUCUGGUCCUUUCCGGGGCGCCGAUGGCACCGCACAAACGCUGCGCGCACUCCACCGGGACAGAACUGGCAAAGCCAACCCUUCUGAUUCCCCCCCCCUUUUCUGUUUGGCUUUGAAACUAAAGUGAUGUCCUCUUUCGCUGUUGGGGGAAAAAGAUCCCAUAGAUUUACUAGAUGCUGGUCCAUUUGCUUGUCAUGAAAGGAGGAGGAUUAUGAAGAAGCUUGCUUUAUUUAACCAAAUAAUAAUAACAAUAAUAAUAACAAUAAUAAUAAACCGCAAAGCAGAUGAAUCACAGCAUUCUCUUUUGGGGGGCGGUGGGCGGUGGGGGGUGUUUUGAAACAGAGGAUGCUGAUGGGGUUGCAUUCCCGAACAGCUGGAAGGAAGGUGUCUUGAACACUGGUGCUUUUAUGUUGGUGAGUUUUCCCACCCUAAAAUGGAGCAAAAUAGAGGAGCAUAGAAAUCACAUUGUUUCAGCUGGGCAUGUAUGAUUUAACAGCUGCAUGGGCAUACAUGAUAAUAGCACCAAUCCUGCUUCCAUUCACAAUACCGGGACCACUCCUCUCCACUGAACUUGAGCAAGGGGACAGCUCUGCUUCUGAGCUUUGACGUCUUCAAAAGGACAGCUGCCCUAAACUCUCAGGCUGGGAGGGGAGGGGGAGAGGAUGGGUGUUGUAGUCCAACCAUUAAAAUUUUUCAGAGUUCGACCCUUCCUGUUACUCCAGGUGGCUGGGAGUGGAUCCAGGACUCCCAGUGUUUUUAAAAAAAAAUUAAAGGAAAAUUAACACCCCUAUGCUUAACGCAGUGCUUUCUGGGAAGACAGUGAUUUCACGAGAGAUGCUUGAAUUUGCGGAACGAUCAUUGGCCGUCACGCACAUCCUGUUCUGUUGUUGCCUUGAGGAAAUGGAUCUCCUGUGACACGGGUGCAAGCAGUUGCGGGGAAAGCCCCAGGUUCUGCCCUGUGGUCUUUUGGGAGGUGGCAGAACCAAAUCCCCCCCUUUCCGUGGCAGAACUCAAGAGACCCCACACAGCGCUGGGGCAUUCUUAAUGACCAGGAUUUGGGGAAGGGAAGAAUACGCCAUGAGAUGGCUAUGUGUGCUAAUGCCCAGGGGGCCUGACCUGUGCAGCCUCACUGGCCAUGGCGCUAGAUCUCAUGGAGGAGGUACAACUCAAGAGGAACUUUGUCCAAGGAAUGGGGAAGCCCCGGGGAGGAUGGGCAAUGGAGCAAUGUUGAAUUUGUUGGGGGGGGCAUUUGCCUCUGUGGGUUUGCUGUGAACAGUGAAACAGAAUACUUAAAAAAAAGAAUAAUAAUGAUCGUGGAAUCUCCAGACUCCUUGUAUUGCUGAAAUUUAGGAAUGACUGUGAAGAUUUGUUAAAGAAGCAAAAGAGCUUUGAUUAAACAAAUUUGUGUUGA